AUGCAGAUUAGAUGUAAUUAAGUUGAUCAUCGAAAUCAAUAAAUAAUAGGAUGUUGCAUAGAUAAUUCAUGCCCAAAUUAAAAGCCUUAUUGUAAUUUUUGCUUGCCUCUCCAUGCUCAACAUCUUGAAAAGUUAAUUUCUUUAGAACUUUUGCAUGAGUGGAUUUAGCGACGAAUCCAUAGUGCUCUAAUUGUUUAAAAGAAUGUUUCAGAGUGUAAAUUAUCCCUUGAUCGCCUUCUUAAUUUUUUAAUUCCUUAUGUUAACUUUAAUAUAUAGUAAUACUCAGAAAUUGGGCUUACCUCGCUUAAUAAAAUGAUAAUAGAUUUCUGUUAAGUGGAAAGUUAUGAAGAACUAUUAUUUAAACAUCUUAAAUAAUCUAUAUAAUAAAUCAUAUUUAUUAUAGAUUAGAUAUAAAAGAACAUAAAGAAAGUACAUAUUGAGAAGGAAAUUUGUAAUUAAUAACUACAAAUAUCUGAAAGAAAAUCCUUAAUAUCAUUAGAAUUAAAGCAAAUAGGUAACUUUAAAUCUGAUUCAAACCAAUUCACCUUUGAACUCAUGAUAAAAAACUCAAUUAAAUAAGUUGAUGUAUGUUAUGCUGUUGCUUUUAAUAAAGAUUAAUCACUAGUGUUAGCUGGAUGUGGCAAGGACAUUAAAGUAUUUUAAAAUCUAUAAGGGAAUUUAAAUCAAAUUUAAAUGUUAAGAGAACAUAGAAAUGAUGUGAAUACUUUAAAUUUUAUGAAAGAUAAUAAUAAUAUUCUAUCUGGAAGUUCAGAUAAUACUAUCAUAAUAUGGUAGGAAAUUGGGCAUAAUUAAUGGUUAUUUUAAUAAAAAUUAAAUGGACACUCUAAUAGCAUAUUAUCCUUAUUGUUAAAUAAUAAUGAAGAUUUAAUACUAUCAGCGAGUGUAGAUAAAACAAUCAAGUUUUGGGUAAAAUAGAAUUAAUGGUUGUGUUAAUAAACCAUAACUGAGCACACUGAUAGUGUAUAUUCCUUAAGUUUAAAUGAACAAUAAAAUAAAUUGAUAUCUUGUUCAAAGGAUUCAUAAAUAUUAGUGAUAGAAUAGUCAAAGUUAGAUAAAUAAUGGAUUGUUAUAUAAAAAAUAAAAGUUGAUUAAUAUGGAUAUCGUUUAUGUAUUAUUAAUGAUAACUAAUUUACAUUCUAACCAAGAUGUAAAGAAUAAAUGCACUUAUUUGAAUUAGAUAAUAAUAAUAAAUAAUAUAGGAAGACCAAGGAAUUUACUGUAAGAUGUGGUUCAUAUAAUUGUGAUAUUUUAUUUCCAUUCUAAUACUUAAAGUCAAAAUGCCUACUGGCUAAUAAGAAUGGCAAAAAUGUGAAUUUAAUGAGAAGGAUAGAAAAUGGGAACUUUAUAAUUUAAUAAUCUAUUGAAUUUGGUAGUGAAGUUAUUUAUGGAUAAUUAAGUGAAAAUGGAGAGUAUUUGAUCACUUGGGACUUUUAGACAAAGGAAAUCUAAGUGAGAAAGUACAAAAAAUUAUGA